AUGUCCAUCAACAAUCGCAGCCCUAUCUCAAAACCCGCAGAAACGAAGCCGCGGAAGCUUAGGGCAUCUUGUGAUGCAUGCUCGCGUGCUAAGGUGAAGUGUGAUAAGGUCAGACCUACAUGCCAUCGAUGUGGGAAUAUGGGGAUAUGCUGCAACUACUCUCUAUCAAUGAGGCUGGGCAAGCCUCGAAAGAAUCGAAGCAUGGACAUGUCACUGAUGCGCGACGUAUCUCCGGCAAGCUCAUGUGGGGCCUUCGGGUCACGUCUCGACAUGAGACCCCGGACCACAGCAUCUACAGCAGAGAGCUCGCCUGAGCCGAUCGAUCCAUUCUUCUUCGGACCCAAUACCCCAGAGUACCCCUACCAAGACGCGUUCAUGGCCGGAUUCAAUAGCCGCUACUCGCCAGAGUCCACCACCGGGCCUAGCCUGCCCGGAUACCACACCGAAGAUCUCUUUCUUGCUCCGUCGUCAGAGCCGCUAUUUAGCACUCCUCUGUCGCAUUUCCCUUCCUCUUACCACACCGGGGCGCUCUCCACUCCCAUCACCAUGCCAGGCCACUCCACACCCUUCCCAGCGCCCCAAAACACGCACUACUCCAUGUCCUCCCAAGCACCAACCCACUACUACCCCCCAGACGCCCAAUCCUACUUUUCUCCAAAAUACACACCCGACCCCACCACCACGCCAGCCGCCCUCCGCCCCCUCCCCACCCCCUCCGCCGCACCCACCUCCUCCCCGCUCGCCGCCCGCGACCACCACGACUGCACCGACGUCGCCUUCGCCACCCUCGGCGCCCUCUGCGCGCCGCCCGCCUACCAGCCCUCCGCCGCCGACUUCGGCACCGCAUCCGGCCUGCCGUCGCUCGACGCCGUCCUCGCGACCACCAAGGACGCCGUGGACAAAGUCGCCACGCUGCUCGGCUGCCCCUGCUCCGCGAACCCGCACUACAGCACCACCGUCGCGUUUACCAUCAUCAAGAUCCUCGCGUGGCACCAGGCUGUUGCGGGACUGGGCGCGCCCGAUCUUUCCGUCGACGGGAAUGGCAACGGGAGCGGGAGGGCGCAGUAUCAAGAGCCGCUCGCAGCGUUCACCGCGACGCCCGUCGCGCGAGGCGCGUUUCAGCGAGGCGGCGGCGAGGGCGAGGCGCGGUUGAGGGCGCAGGUAGUGCUGGGCGAGCUGAGGCGGGUUGAGGAGUUGGUGGAUGGGUUUAGUGAGCGGUAUUGUAAAGCGGCUGCCAGGGAGGAGGUGGAGGGGGGUAGUAGGGUGGGGGGCGUGUAUGGGAGCUUGGAGACGCUGUUGAGGACGAGGGUACGGGAGACGGUGAAGAUGGCGCUGGGGAGGGCGUCGGAGGAUGUGAGACGGCAGUGGCAAAGGAGGGAGGGAGGGGGCUGGUGGGGGGGUGUUGAGGGAUGA